UACAUGGACAACGAGCCCAUGCUCGGCGGUAACGUCUUCGCUAUCUCGUCGGAGGAUGUUUACGCUUUCCCUGCUACCAGGUCGCAGACUCGAAUGCAAGGCUCGGUCACGGACGACGAACAAGAGAAGGACGUGCCUCCAGAGGCACUCAAGACGAUGAGGUUCGACUUCCGGCACGUCACCGACAAUGAAGACAGCGCGCCGCCGAAAGUAAAGCCACCCCACCCGUUCAAGUCCAGCAGCCCGCCCCGACGCAACUCACCAAGGACAAGACGAAGACGGCGCAAGCAAGUGAUCCGACUCCGCCGAAUGUCGACACCGAGUACGGAUUGAUGAAACACGAGUCACAGGAGAAGCAGUGGCGGAAGGAGGAUGGAGACGACUCAGUAAGCCAGAUGCGUACAAACAGGGCUCACGAAUGUUCCACUCCAGACGUGCAAGACUCGGUCACUGCAGAGCAAGUACAGGAGAAGAUACUCGACACGAUGAUCACCGUCCCUCGGAAGACGAUCCUCGCGAUCGCACCGGAGCUUCUUGAGAAGUGCAUCUCGGCCAUUAUGAUGACGCGACACGAAGAACACACGACGAUGGCACAAGUGAGUGACUGGAACCCAAAUGCUGACGACGUCAUAGGCACAGCAGAAGACGACGACAACGCCCCUCAAAUGGCUGCCAUGUUGCGUAUGGACGAAGAUCAGUUGGAGCGAACCAUACACAGGUAUAUGGCUGCAUUCACAACCGGACAGCGAAGAUCCGUCGCAACGACCUGUGGUCUCGCUCACUGGCAGGCUCCGUCGAUGUCUACCCCGUUACGCUCACUGUUGGAGACUGAUCAUGUUGUACAGGUCGUCCUGAGCACGAUCGAGCCCACCGACGUAUGGCACCUUGACCGCGGACUUGUCAGCAAGAUACUCAAAUGGCCGGAUUGCAAGCUAGUUACGGAAGUUUGCAGGUUCCUCGGUACAGCAGGACUCGUAGGACGUCGGUGGAUCACGAAGUUCUCUCUCUUCGCUAAGCUUUUAUCGAGGCUGUGUAGGACUACUGACGUGCCCGUCUCUUUCAGCGACACAGAACGGAAGGCACCGAAUGACGCACGAGAUGUACUAGGUAGAGCUACUGACAACCUUCGCAAGAGUCGCCGGCGCACCAUCAACGACUUCAAGUUCACGCGCAAGCAUGCCCAGCGACUCGAGAGUGGCGAGUUCGACCCCGGCGCAUGGGUACUACUCGUGCACGAGACCUGGAUUGGCGCACUACACGGUAACAAGGGCAGGCAGCGUUGGGCGGGACCAUACGUCGUGCACGAGCGGUAUCCUUCCGGCUCUUACUCCCUUUGCGAGAUUGACGGCGCUGUUGGUAAUGUUGCGGCGAGUUGCUUACAGAUUUUCUUCUACAGGUCAGAUCCACAGGCUCGCUGCACUGUUCUCGACGAAGACGACCCGCGUUUUGAAGACGUACCACGCGGAAGACUCUGGCGCACGCCGAGCCCAUUCACCAUCCGCACGUUGUUCGACGCCGACGACGAAGGCUGCGAGCCCGGACUCUGGAAUGUAGUGGACCUCCAUUUCGGCAGUGACUCGGUCGUCGAGCACACGAACGUAGUCGACUCGACCUCUUCGCUCUCGUCAACAAGUACUACGCACCAUGGUACUGAAGUGGUCUUGGGGUCAAGACUGAAGCCACCCCCACUUGUGGAAGGGAAACCCAUCCCACGUCUUUCUUUUUCUUUUUCGUUACAAUUCCCUACGUUACUCUCGACUCUACCGGCGCGCCUGCGACGAACCGGAAGGCCGCGACGCGGACCCGCUAGUAGGACGAGACGAGCGCCGCAACGCCGAGUGCCGCACCUGCUGGGGGACCAGGUCGCGAUUAGUAAAUAGCACCGCGUGCGAGCUGCCAAUCACGUACCGAGACAAGGGUUCGUCAGUCAACGCUGGAAGGGGACUCAAGGGACGUCUGUCGCCCAGGAGGGUGCCCAUAUGCCUGCUGUACAAUACUUUCCUUAUUAGGUAUCAUUCCUUCCCGAUACGUCAAACACUCACGCUUCGCGCUUCUUUCGAACCAUCUCUCGCUCGCUGACGUCUCUCUCCCUCUCUUCUACUUUUUUAUCCCUCUCGCGCUUCCAAGGUUCUAGAACUCCUCUCGUGUGUAUUAAGUACUGGGCUGAGCUGCCCGUCUAUCCAUCGAAUUCCCUCUCCCCAGUUCUCUCUCGUCUCGUGAUCCGACUCCGGCAUUUAGACGCGACACAGCGGUCGCGGGUGUAAAACUAGUCGAGUAGCAAGUUGAGGAG